AUGUUAUAAAUCGAAAUUAUUUGUUUUGGAUUAGCUGUUGAAGUUCAAAGACUAUAAGAUCUUACUUAAUAACUUAAAUAAGACAUUCAUCAAGCUAAUCAACUCAAUAAAACUCAUCUCAAUACAAUUGAUUAAAAUAAUCUUGAUAUCCAACAUCUUACUAGAAAACUUGAUCUCCUUAAUAGAAGUAAAAAUCAAAUCGAAUAAGAUUAUAAUCAGAUUUUAAUCUAACAUGAUUACCUUAUUGAUAUUAUCUCAUAAAUUACAGGAGAUGAAUUAACUUUAGAAGAAUUGACUGAAUUAAUUGAAGAACUUAAAAAAAGAUCUCUUAAAUAUGAUCAAUUCUUAUAACUACUAAAUGGAUAAGAAUUUAGUGACAUUAUAUCUAAAUCUCAGCAAUUUCUUAUUCAAUAUUAAAUCAAUCAAGAAUUAAAGGAUUAAUUACAAUAAUUACAAUAAUAUCCUUAAAUUGUUAUUUGUCUUAAUUAAGAUAUACAAAAACUAAAGCAUGAAAUUUUAAAUCUAAAAUUAUUAAUUAAUCAGUUAACACAAUAAAAUAAAUAAUUACAAGACUUAAUUCAUCAAUCAAAAUCUAUACAAGAUUAACGUUUAAAUUCUGAUUUAUAAUCUGAUUUUAAUUUACUUUCUACAUCAUAACCUAUUUAAUAAGAAUCAAUACAAAAAUAGAUUAUUGAAUUAGAAAAUAAAUUAAAUUCGGCAGAGCAACAAAAUAAAUCUUUAAAAGAUGAAAUUUCAUCCAUCUUAAAUCUUAAAAUAUAAAUGGAAGCCAAACUAAGAAAUUCAAUUUUAGAUUAAAAUAAACUCUUAAAUGAAAAAGAAAAACUAACUAAAGAAACUUUCUAAUUAGUUAAUUAAUCAAACAACUUUAAAACAGAACUAUAAAAUAAAUAAGAAACCAAUGUAGAAUUAACCAAUUAAAUUUCUUUAUUAUAAACUUAAAUCAAAAAUAAAGAAAAUUAAUUUGAAAACUUAUUAAAAUAAAAUAAAGAUUCAGAAAAUAAAAAAUAACUAGAAAUUAAUAAUUUGAAUUAACAAUUAUAAAAAAAAACUAUAGAAAUUAAUUAACUUAAUCUGCAAAUUUAAUUAUUCAAUGAUGAAACUAAAAAACUUAACGAAGAACUUUAAAAUUCAAUAAAAGUUAACAAAAAUACUAAAUAAUUCUCUCAAUAAAUUGAAAUUAUUCAAGAUAAAUAAUUAUCAAAUAAAAACAUUAUGUAAAUGUAAGAUACUUAAUUAUAACUAUUAUAAAAGUAAUCAAUUAAUGAUAAAAAUGAUUUAGAAAAUUCCUAUAUAUAAAUUAUUGAAUAAUAAAAUUAAGAAAAUUCUAAGCUUAAAUUUGAAAUUGAUCAAUUAAAAAAUAAUAUUUAAUAAUUAGAAGAUUAAAUAAUUGAAUUUUAAGUUGAAUCAAAAGAGAGUAAAGAUCUUUUGGAUGCUAAAAAUAUAGAAAUUGAUAAACUAGUUGUUUUCAAUAAAAAGAUUUAAGAGUCUAAUCAAAAACAUUUUUUAUAAAAUUAGGAACUAGAAUAAUAAAUACGAUAACUAUAGUUUAAGUUUAGCUCUUUUUAAAAAUUUAAUACAGAAAAUUCUAGAUCAUCUGAUUAUUUUAAAUCCACAAUUAUAGAUAAAAUUAAAUCAGAAAACUAAUAAUUUUAAUAAGAUAUUUAUAAAUUAAACUUAUUAAAUCAAGAAUUGAUAGAGCAAAUAACAUCAAUGAAAUUUGAGAUAAAUAAUUACUAAAUACAAAUCACAAAAUUGACUAUGCAGAUUGAAAAUGCUCAAUUUAAGUUUUAGGAAGAAUCUUAAUAAGAAAUUAAUUACUAUAAAUAACAACAUUAAUUAAUAAUUACCUAAAUUAAUGACCUUCAAGGAAUUAUUGUAAAAUAAUAAUAAAAAUUAUCAGAAUAAGAUAAUGAAAUCCAAAAGUUUUAAAAUGAUGAUAAAAUGUAUGAGAAAAAAUUCAAGGCCUAAGAAAAUGAAAUAGAUGAAUAAGAGUUUUUCAUAAGAUAAUUAUAGUAAGAACUGAAUUAAUUAAGUAGUGACUUAACAAAAAUAGAAGAUAAAUUAGAAAUUGUUCAAUAAGAGAAAGAGAAAAAAAUUCAAGAAAAUAUUGAUUUAACAAAUUAAAUAAUUAAAUUUAGAUCUGAAUAAAAAUAUUCAAAAGAAUAAAUUGAAUCUUAAAUUACAGAACAAAUUCAAGGAAAAAUUGAUUGCUUACUUUUUGAAAAGUAAGAAUUAAAUCAAUAAAUUUGUGAGAAAAAUUCUUUGUUAGAAUAAAAAUGUUUAUUGAUUGAUAAAUUCAAUUUAAAAAUAAUGAAUUAGAAUAUAGAAAUUUUUUAACUAAGAUAGCAAGUAACAUAAUAUGAAAAUCAAAUUAUUUAAUUUUAACAUACAAUUGAAAAACCUUAAUUAGGAAAUGAAUUAGAAUAUAAUGAAAAUAUAAAAUUGAAUGAGGUAACUUAAUUAAAUAUAAAAUUAAGUUAAGUAAUUGAUGAAAAAGAACAAAAAAUUCUUUCAUUAAAAUAUGACUUAUAAGUAUCACAAAAUAAACUUGAUGAAAUUGAAAAAAUAAAUUAAAAUUUAAUAAUUAAGCUAAAUGAAAAAUAACAACUACUUUAAUCCCAAUCAGAAUAAAUUUCAUAAUCUUAAAUAUCAUCAGAAACUCUAAUUUCUUAAAAUGUUGAAAAAAAUCAUCAUUAACAACAGAUCUAAAUAUUGUAAAAGAAAUAUGAUGAUGUUCUAAAAGAAAACGAAAUUUUGACAAAUAAUUCUAGUUUAAUUGAAGAAUAUAAAAACAAAAUAGCAUUAUUAUCUUUAGAAGUUUCUCGAUAUCAUAAUUCCAAAAUAGGAUAACCUUCUUAAAAUUUUAGAUAAAAUACUCGAGUUGAAAAUCAUAUUAUCAAUAAUACGAAAAGCUUGAGUCAAGGAAAAGAAAGUAUUAUUAGAUUCCAACAAGGUGUUGAUAAUAACUAUAAAGAUCAUGAUUUGUAUUGUUUAUUAGUACUAUCGUUUGCAGAAAUCGAAUCUCUUAGAACAAAAGAUGAUGAAAAAAAAAACGAAGAUAAAUCAAAAGUUUAAAGAAUUAUAGAUUAUUAUCGCCAAAAAGCUUAAUGA